AUGCCUAAACGAAAGGCUGACGCAGUUAUUGAGAGUACCCCCAAGCUUCCGUCGUUGCGGGAUCAAGUCGCUGGUCGUAUUCGUCAGUCGAAUUAUAUUUCGGACGACGGUUUCGUUGCUUCUGUCUCGUGUUCUCAUUGUGCCGAAUCUGGCGAAGAUUGCGUGAUGGAUCGUUCCCGAAGGUAUUCAAAGUGUGCGUCGUGUACUCGUGCUGGUCGUUCCUGCAAGAGGGAAUUCCAUACUGGCGUGGAAUGGGACCUGCUGUCUCGUGCCGAGUCGAAGUUGUCGGCGGAUAUUGAAAGGAGUGAAUCAGAGUUGGAUUUGUUGGAGCCUGAGCUGGGCGAGUUACAAGAUCGUCUCGCAGCGUUGCAUCAACAGGUGUUGGAUAAGCAAAAGCAGUAUCAGGCGACGAUGAGUCGUCAACGUCGUCUGCGGAAACAAAUGGCCUUCUUAAAGCAGAAGGGCUUCAAGAUGUCAGAGCAUGAUGCGGAAUUAGCAGGUUGUAUCCCCUGCUCUCGAUCUCCAGCAGUUGGCGGCUACUGCUGA